AUGUCCAAAUCUUUGCGUAUUUUGGUACCCGUUAAGAGGGUUAUCGACUAUGCCAUCAAGCCAAGAAUAAACAAAGCCGGCACUGGUGUUGAAAAAACUGGUGUCAAGUUCAGCAUGAACCCGUUUGACGAUAUUGCUGUGGAAGAAGCAGUACGCAUCAAAGAGUCGCACAAAAAAUUGGUGGAAAACAUCCACGCAGUUUCCAUCGGGCCUGCCAAAGCUCAGGACAUUUUGAGAACUGCUUUGGCCAAGGGUGCCGACACCUGUACAUUGAUCGAUGCUAAAGAGACCGAGCUGGAACCGCUGGCUGUGGCGAAGAUUCUGAAACAGGUAGUCACCAAGCAAAACGCAAACCUGAUCAUUUUAGGUAAACAGAGUAUCGAUGAUGACUGCAAUAACACUGGGCAAAUGCUAGCCGGUUUGUUGAACUGGCCACAAGCCACGAACGCAGCCAAAGUUGAAGUGGAUGAGGCCUCCAUGACAGUUAGAGUGACCAGAGAAAUCGACGGUGGUGAGGAAACCAUCAGCGCGCCACUGCCGCUUGUGAUCACCACCGACCUGCGUUUGAACCAACCUCGUUACGCAACUCUACCAAACUUGAUGAAGGCCAAAAAGAAGCCCAUGGAGAAGCUAACACUCUCUGAUUUCAGCGACGUUUCCACCGAACCAAGAUUGAAAGUCUUGAAGGUCGAAGAGCCCGCCACCAGAGCCGCAGGUAUCAAAGUUGCGUCUGUCGACGAACUGAUCGAGAAGUUAAAGGCCGCUAAGGCUAUUUAG